UUGUUCCUUGCGCCGAGAACUUUGCGAACAGAAUCUGUAUCUCUUCCUCUGCCUCGACCCCUGUUCUUUUCGUUCGCAAAUCUCCGAAAGUGCAGUCGACUUUUUGAAGCUUAAAAAUGUCCGCGAACGGGUCCGACGCGAAGAAGGCCAAUAAUGAGGAGCCGGACAGGCGCCAGCAUGUGCCUUACAUUCUCAACGGGGAGCUGUAUCGCAUAGAGAACCAGGUGGGGGAUAACGUCACGGUCAAGUGCUGCUACUGUCCGCCGGAUCGGAUUUAUCGCGGCAGCGUGCGUUCCACCGGGAAUUUUCACAUGCACAUCAAGCGGCGACACAGUUCCCUUCUUGGAAAGUUGCACGAAAUGAAGGUUGCUGCUUUGGAGGAGCGCCGUGAUCGCAUUAUGAAGAACCGACGUUGCGUCAAGGAGCGAAAGAAGGCCACAACACCGCCGCCGACCACGGCUGCGCAGACUCCGCCGCAAUUGGUGGAGCUUACGACUCCGGUGGGUGUAGGAACUGGGACUCACGAAUUGAAAAUUAAAACGGUGUUCCAGCGGCACAAGCAGGAGCAACAGGGCGCAGCCACAAGAUCGUCCGGAGAUUCGACUUCAGAUAACAGCGACAAAGUCAAUUCCCCAAAUAUUACUGCCAACAGCAUUGGUUUUCUGCUGCAGGAUCGCUCAAUUAUGUCUGUGGCUCCCAUUAGCAAUCCUACACCACCUGUCCCCCUUUUGACGCCCAUCAAGCCAGAACAGCAGAGCGCCUCCUCCUCUUUUUCGGUAGAACAACCGGUGGCCAUUGACUUGCGGCGCGCUCCAUCCCUGGCCAGCGAGAGCAAGUCGAGUAGCUCGCUAUCCUCGCUGGAGGAUAAUUCCAUGGAGUACACGAGCACCGGGGCCGUCACACAAUCGGUGUCGCUGACCCAUUUCAUGGAGCAACCACAGCGGGAUCUCCUGCAGCGCCUGGAUCGCACAAUGGCCGCAAUUGGGCAGGAGCUGCACUGUCGCAACCGUAUCGAGCACAAUCGCUUGCUGCUGGAGGCGGCCAAGUUCAAGUAUCUCAACCCAAACUUUCACUUUGAGCCCACUUUAUAGAUUAGAAGAAGGUACACCCUAAGAAAGCAUCUAUGUAAACUAACGAUUCCUUACUGCCUUUUCUUAGAAAUAAAUUGGCUUAAAUCCA